AAGUAAUAAUUCUCGAAGUCAACGAAGCCAAAAAAAGCCAACUAGUCCAAAGCUUCUUACAACAGAAAAAGAUUGAUUACCGAAUACUGGCGGAAACUCGAUUAGAACCAAACACUAAUUCAAAGGAAAAGGAAAGAGAAAAACAACAAUUAAAAAAACGACUAAUUGCUGCUUACCAAAGACAAGCCAAAAAUAAAAACUUACAGUCUGAAUUGUCUUUAUGA